AUGGCUGCUGCCCCUCAACUCAACUCGGAUGCCCUCCGGGAAGUUUUGGAGUGCCCCAUUUGCAUGGAGUGCUUCACGGAAGACCACCUGCGGCCCAAGUUGCUUCACUGCGGGCACACGAUCUGCAAACAGUGCUCGGAGAAACUCCUGGCCUGCAGCAUCAACGGGAUCCGUUGCCCCUUUUGCAGCAAAAUCACCCGGAUCACCAGCCUGGCUCAGCUGACCGACAACCUGACCGUCUUGAAGAUCAUCGACACGGCAGGGCUGACCGAGACGGUGGGCGUUCUCAUGUGCAAAACCUGCGCACGGCGGUUGCCCAAGCACUUCUGUCGGAGCUGUGGCCUGGUGCUGUGUGAGCCUUGCAAAGAGUCGGACCAUCUCCAGAAGCAUCACAACGUGGUGGCCAUCAAAGAAGCGGCCGAGGAGAAGAGGAGGGACUUUGGGGCCAGGCUGAGUCGCCUCCGAGAACUUAUGGGGGACCUUCAGAAGAGGAAGGUGUCUCUGGAAGGGGUUUCGAAGGACCUGCAAGGCAGGUACAAAGCGGUGCUUCAAGAGUACGGCAAAGAAGAGCGCAAGGUCCAAGAAGAGUUGGCCAGGUCGCGGAAGUUCUUCACCAAUUCCCUCUCCGAGGUGGAGAAGGUGAACAGCCAGACCAUGGAGGAACAGGCUUACCUCCUCAACAUUGCCGAGGUCCAGAUUGUCUCGCGCUGCGAUUACUUCCUGGCCAAAAUAAAACAGGGAGACAUCGCCCUUCUAGAGGAAGAGGGAGAGGAAGAAGAACCGGAACUGAUGAACAGCCUUCCCAAGGAGCUGACUCUACAGGAGGUGGAGCUCCUCAAGGUUGGUCAUAUCGGACCCCUCCAGAUAGGACAAGUGGUCAAAAAACCGCGGAGCAUCAACGUCGAGGAGUCGUUGAUGGAGACAACGGCGGAAGCAUCAGGGUCAUUCAGAGAAGCAGAAGAGGUCCAUCCAUUGUCCCCUUGCUCUUCGCCUGCAAAGCCAAGGAUGUCCGAGGCGGCCUCCAGCAUCCAACAGUGCCACUUUCUCAAGAAAAUGGGCUCCAAGGGCAACACACCGGGCACCUUCAACCUGCCAGUCAGCCUGCACGUCACACCGCAGGGAGAGGUCCUCGUGGCGGACCGGGGCAACUUCCGGAUCCAAGUCUUCACUCGCAAGGGUUUUUUGAAGGAGAUUCGGCGUAGCCCCAGCGGCAUAGACAGUUUUGUGCUCAGCUUCCUCGGAGCCGAUCUUCCCAACCUGACACCCUUGUCGGUCACCAUGAACUGCCACGGGCUGAUCGGGGUGACCGACAGCUACGACAACUCGAUGAAAGUGUACACCAUGGACGGACACUGCGUGGUGUGCCACCGAAGCCAGCUGAGCAAGCCCUGGGGCAUCACCGCCCUGCCCUCCGGGCAGUUUGUGGUGACCGACGUGGAAGGAGGCAAGUUGUGGUGCUUCACGGUGGACCGGGGUGUCGGGGUAGUGAAGUACAGCUGCCUCUGCAGCGCGGUGCGUCCUAAAUUUGUCACCUGCGACGCCGAAGGGACCAUCUACUUCACCCAGGGGCUGGGUCUGAAUCUGGAGAACCGCCAACACGAGCAUCACCUGGAGGGCGGCUUUUCCAUCGGCUCCGUCGGUCCAGAUGGACAGCUGGGCCGACAAAUCAGUCACUUUUUCUCCGAGAACGAAGACUUCCGCUGCAUCGCCGGCAUGUGCGUGGAUUCCCGCGGGGAUCUGAUUGUGGCUGACAGCAGCCGGAAAGAAAUCUUACAUUUCCCCAAAGGUGGGGGCCACAAUAUCCUCAUUCGGGAAGGUCUCACCUGCCCGGUUGGCAUAGCCGUCACCCCGAAAGGCCAAUUGUUGGUCCUGGACUGUUGGGACCAUUGCAUUAAGAUUUAUAGUUACCACUUGCGAAGGUACUCCACACCUUAAAGAUGGAAA